AUAUAUGUAUUAAUUAUUGUACGUGACCAAUGCGUAAAACUUUUAUUGUGGGACGAAUGAAGUGAAGUGUUUCAGAAUUUUAUAUAAUUAUAUAAAUGAAUUUAAUAAAAUAACUUUCACAUCUUAAAUUAAUUAUUUUUUAAUUAUUUCACAAAAUUAAAAUAAUUACUGGUUUUUUUUUAAUUGAAAGGUUAUAAUAAAACUCUACACAAUCAAUUAAAAAUCACAAGAAAACAAAAUAUGAGUAAUAUCAGUUCUUACAAACGAAGAAAAGAAAAGUCUAAUAUUAUCAAAUAUACAAAUAUUAUCUCUUAGAAACAAAUUUUAAUUGACCAUCUUAUCAAUUACUUGAUUCACUUCAUGCAACACAUUAGACCAAAUUAAUCAUCCAUCUGCAAGUUAAAAAAAAUAAUGUUUUUCCUCAAUUGAAAACAAGGAUGAUAGGAGAAACAUCCUUCCUUUAACAAAGUCACUGUAACACUAGAAUAUAAUUCUACUAUAAAGUUUCUAAAUCCUUUAUUCCAAACAAUACUUAUACCAAAGUCAUCCAGGCAUAACAAAUUAAUUUUAUCACACCAAGGUGAGGGGGUUCCCACCUCAAAAGCAUAGGCUCCACAGCUAUUCUAUUAAUAAUGGUUGUCCUCAAUAUGCAAGCAGCUUGUCCUACAGUUCAUAUACAAGAAUAUGAAAUUUUAUUUCUAGGUUGUGAAACACUAUCUUGAAACACAAACUCGUUUCUGUAUCUCCAAAAUAUAUCCAAUGCCACUGCAAAUAAUAUUAACUAAAAAUUCAAGAUUAUGCGGUCAAAUUAAUCUUUUAGAAAAUUACGUGUUAAAAACAUUUAUUUAAUAAGACGAAAUAACUGAAAAUGUGUUUUUGGCAAAUAUUUUAGUUUGGUCAAAAUCAAAAUGAGAAGGAAGGGAAUAAGCAUUAGGAAACAUCAUCAGUGACGAAAUUAUGGCGCUGCUGAUUCUGACACACUGAAUGACGAAGCCAAUGAAUGAGCUCAUCGUAUCGUAUUCCUAUAUAAUGCUUGCAGAGGGGAAGACAUGCAAUAACUCAAUCAAUGGCCCAACAGCGGACUCAACUUGGAACCCAUGGCUUUGAGGUUUCGAAACUGGGAUUCGGGUGCAUGGGCCUUAGUGGAGCCUACAAUGACCCUCUCCCAGAAGAGGAUGCCAUAUCUAUUAUCAACUAUGCAUUCAGUAAAGGAAUCACCUUUUUUGAUACAGCUGAUGUUUACGGAGACACUGCUAAUGAAGUCUUGCUUGGAAAGGCUUUGAAGCAGCUACCUAGAGAAAAGAUCCAGCUAGCCACAAAAUUUGGUAUUGCGAGAAUAAGUUUUACUGAUAUGAGGAUCAAUGGUUCACCUGAAUAUGUGCGCUCGUGCUGUGAAGCUAGCCUGAAGCGUCUUGAUGUUGAUUACAUUGAUCUUUAUUAUCAGCAUAGAGUGGACACCUCUGUACCUAUAGAGGAAACAGUGGGUGAACUUAAGAAACUGGUGGAAGAGGGCAAAGUGAGGUAUAUUGGGUUAUCUGAAGCCAGUCCAGAUACAAUAAGGAGAGCGCAUGCAGUUCAUCCCAUCACAGCUGUGCAAAUGGAGUGGUCUCUGUGGACACAUGACAUUGAAGAAGGGAUAGUCCCUCUCUGCAGAGAGCUUGGUAUUGGAAUUGUUCCAUAUAGCCCUCUUGGUCGUGGCUUUUUUGGUGGCAGAGGAGUUGUGGAUAAUGUGCCUGCAAGUAGCCCCCUGAAAGGACAUCCACGCUUCCAAGCGGAGAAUUUAGACAAGAACAAGAGUAUAUAUGACCGAAUUGAAAGCCUUGCCCAGAAGCAUCAAGCCACUCCUGCUCAGUUGGCAUUAGCAUGGGUACUCCACCAAGGCGAGGAUGUUGUACCUAUCCCUGGAACAACUAAGAUUAAGAACCUGGAUCAAAACCUAGGUGCCUUAGCAGUGAAAUUGUCAGAAAGGGACCUGAGAGAAAUUUCUGAGGCGGUUCCAAUUGAUGAUGUAGCAGGUGGUAGAUACUACAAUGGACUGGAACACAUCUCAUGGAAGUUUGCCAACACACCUCCAAAAGAUUCGAGGAUCUCAAUCUGAAGCACAUAGAGAAUACACUGAGUCGUGAAUUGAGGGUAACACGGUUGACAAAGGCUGGUAUCAGGGAGCUAAUAGGAUAUCAAUAAUGUAGCCCAUGUCUUGAUGAAGGGCUUUCUACAUUUAUUUGGUUUGUUAAAGUUUUUAGUAUAAACCGCAAUACUUUUUGUAAUGCAACAAACAAUAGGUAUUUAUAAAUAUUUACGUACUUUUAUACACUA